CCAUGUUUUUUCCCAAGACUAAUCUCAAGAGAGGUCAAGAGAGACCCUCCAAGUGCAGGAAGAGUUUUCCAGGUAAGGAAUACCCUCUGAAGAAUUCUCUGCCAUGUACACUCAGUGAGAAGCAUGCUGUCAUGCCUGGCAGGGCUGCUAUCUGCUCUCUGCAGUUCUCAGGAGAUGGACGACAGCUGGCUUGUGGCUUAGCGAAUCACUUGUCACUGGUAUUCAAUGCUGAUCUUACUGGGAUGCCCAGGGUCUUUUCAGGUCAUGACGGGGCUGUGAGCACCGUGAGCUGGAGCCACGGCGGCAGGUGGCUGCUCUCUGCUUCCCAGGACAGGACUCUGAGGGUGUGGUCUGUUCGCAGGCUGGAGCUGGCCCUGCUUCUGGGCAGAGGCACGUUCUUCAGGCCCGUCCAGUCUGCACAGUUUUACUACAUCGAUGCUUUCAUACUGUUGUCUUCUGGCUCAGAAUUUCAGCUACUCAAGUAUCACAUCGACACUUCCAAGGAUGAGAUGAAAAGAUACAAGCCCAAGAGCUGGUGCAAGCCUGUUUUAAGACUCCCUCUGACAGAAAGAGGAGAGAUCACGUGUCUGUCAGCAGUAAAUGAUUUUUAUUCCUACAUUGUGCUUGCUGCCAGCCGACACCGGUCCCUGGAAGUGUUCGACUGCAACGCAGGCCGCAGUGCAGCUGUGAUAGCAGAGGCCCACGCGAGGCCCGUGCACCAGAUCUGUCAGAAUCAAGGGUCCUCGCUGGCGAGCCAGUCUUCCCAGGAUUAUAACCUCUUUGCAUCCAUAGCCGUUGGUGACGGCAUAAAGUUGUGGGACUUGAGAACUCUGAGAUGUGAGCGCCGAUUUGAAGGCCACCCCGGCCGCUGCCACCCCUGUAGACUUGCGUGGAGCCCCUGUGGACGAUACAUAGCUUGUGGUGCCGAGGACAGACACGCAUAUGUGUACGAGAUGGGCUCCAGCACGUUCUCCCGCAGACUUGCAGGACACACGGACACCGUCACCGGAAUGGCCUUCAACCCCUCAGUCCCCCAGCUCAUCACGGCCUCUCGAGACGGAAAGCUCCAGCUGUUCACAGCCCCAUGAGCAUCGGUGAAGCUGGUGCAGCUACACAACUCUUCUGUACCACGCUGGGGGGCACUGGCA